AUGAAAAUUACAAAAUUAUUUAAUUUACAUCGGAUUUGGAACAGACACGUCCCAAAUAAAAGAUUUCAAAUUGGGAUUGACUGCAAUUUUAAUCGCUUGAACAACAAACCAAUGUUUUAUAGAAAUUAUCAUGAAAAGCAGGAAAACAAUAGCUCGCGUUACCUGAAGUUUCCUUCUCUUAUGUUUUUUCUCCCUGCUUUAUCCAUUGCAGCAUGUGAGUCGGUUACAAAUUUUUCAGAGAAGACAUUUUUUAAAGCUGUUCAAAGAGGCAUUGAAAGCGAAGUAAUUAGUCAAAUUGAAAGAGGUGUCAAUGUAAAUUGUCGCCAUAAACUAGGUUGGACUGCUCUUAUGGUGGCCUCGGUUAGUGGAAACUACGAUAUGGUGAGAAUUCUUUUAGAAAAUGGGGCUGAACUGAAUACGGGGGAUAAUUAUUCCAGUGCAAGUAAAAUAGCCCAAGAGCAAGGAAUGCAUGCAAUUGAAGUUGUCAUGAUUAGGGAAGAUGAAUUUUCCAGCAUUCUUAACAACAGAGCAAAUUUUUUGGGCUUUACUGCAUUGCAUUAUGCAGUGCUAGUAAAUUCUUUAGAUAUUGUAAAAUUAUUGAUAGAGAAUGGUGCUAACCCAUGUAUAGAGAAUGAUUCUGGUCAUAUGCCAGUGAGUUAUGCUAAAGAAGGCCCAAUGAAGGAAUAUUUGGAAAAACAGACAACAAAGUAUGCAGAAUUUCUUAAAAACAAAGAAAUAGAAGAAAGAAGGAGAUUUCCAUUAGAAGAUAGGCUUAAACAGCAUAUAGUUGGACAAGAAGGAGCUAUCUCAAUUGUAGCGGCUACUGUUAGAAGAAAGGAAAAUGGCUGGGCAGAUGAAGAUCAUCCAAUUGUCUUUUUAUUCUUGGGCUCAUCUGGUAUUGGAAAGACAGAAUUAGCUAAACAGUUAGCUGCUUAUAUACACAAAAAUAAAAGGGACUCAUUUAUACGUUUGGACAUGUCUGAGUUUCAAGAAAAGCAUGAAGUUGCCAAGCUGAUUGGUGCACCGCCUGGAUAUAUAGGGCAUGAUGAAGGUGGCCAACUAACCAAAAAAUUAAAAAAAUGCAGUGAUGCUGUAGUUUUGUUUGAUGAGGUUGAAAAGGCUCAUCCUGAUGUGUUAACUGUAUUGCUCCAGCUGUUUGAUGAAGGACGAUUAACUGAUGGACAAGGAAAAACAAUUGAAUGCAAAAAUGCCAUUUUUAUUAUGACAUCCAACUUAGCUAGUGAGGAGAUCGCCCGUCACGCCUUGCGUUUAAGAGAAGAGGGUGAAAAGAUUAAAAACCAGAGGUUAAUGGCUAACAUUAAAGAUGAAAAAACGUUAACUGACAAUAUUGUGAUUUCAAGAAAAUUCAAAGAUGAGCAAGUAAAACCAAUUUUAAAGAAACACUUUAAGAGGGAUGAAUUUUUGGGCCGGAUUAAUGAAAUUGUGUAUUUUCUGCCAUUCUCUAGGCGUGAGUUGAUGGAACUUGUGGAUCGAGAGUUAAAAUCAUGGGCCAAAAAAGCAAAGGAUAGACACAAAAUUGAGAUUAAAUGGGACAGAAAUGUAGAAUCUGCAUUGGUAGACGGCUACGAUGUUUGCUACGGCGCUAGAUCCAUCAAAUAUGAAGUGGAGAGGCGGGUUGUUAAUCAGUUGGCGUCCGCCUACGAGAGGGGCUAUAUAGACAAAGGCUCAGUGGUCCAGAUUGUUGCAGGGUGGCCUGACAAUUGUGAUUCGCCGGAAAUUAAAUUAAGAGUGAAAAAAAGCGGGGUUAAAGAUUAUGUAGAAAUUCAAAGCAAUGUGAUACCAGUUAACCAUAAUACAUCAUCUUUUUGUUAAGAUUGUGUAUAAUUAUUUAAAUUUAGAUAGGUGUUGUUGACUUUCCACAGUAGUGGAAUAAAUUGGGCAAGCUGAUUUUAACUUUGAGUUUUAUUACAUGUAAUCAUUUGGUACAAACUGAAUUAUAAGGACAAAAUCCUG